UGGCAGCCGACGGUUCUCGGGCUUGUUUUGGAUUUACCCGUGUUUUUGGUGGUGAUUUUGGAGUUGUGAGAGUCAUUCAUGGAGAUACUGUAUUUCAUCGCCGCCAAUUUGUGUGUCCUCCUGACUCUACCAGGCCGCAGUACACCAACAAACACCACUCAAAAGAAUCCUUACGCGGAAGAAUGGGUGGUGCGAGUGGCGGGUGGGCCUCAAGUGGCCUCCCUGCUUGCCCUCCGAUCCGGCUGCAGAAAUCUCGGUCUCGUGCUGGGGUUCAAAGACACCUACUUAUGGCACAGGGAUGAUAAUCAGGUCAGGAAGAGGGGCGGAAUGAGGUUCGUCAAAGCACUGACAUCGAACUCAAAGAUCAUCUGGGCAGAUCAGCAGAGAAUUUUCCAACGCCACAAGCGGGAUCUCAUUGAUCUCACCUUGGAAUCGGAAAAGCCUCUGCUGCGGGAGAAACGACUGUUCGAUGAUGAGGAAAAUUACGUCGAUAAACAGUCAGAUGGUCAAUGCAUGUUCAAUGACGAAUUGUGGAACGAGGAGUGGUAUCUGCAAGACACCCGUAGCAACAGGAACCUACCGAAGCUGGAUCUCAACGUGGUGCCACUUUACCGGUUGGGGAUAACAGGCCGUGGGGUCAAGGUAGCAGUUCUCGACGAUGGGCUAGAGUACACCCACGAGGAUCUGCGAAACAACUACAGUCCCGACAUCAGCUAUGACGUCAACGAGGGAGAUAACGAUCCGAUUCCCCGAUACGAAGUAACAGGGAUGAAUGGCCACGGGACAAGAUGCGCAGGGGAAAUAGCAAUGGAGGCGAAUAAUCGAAAGUGCGGAGUUGGAGUGGCAUUCGAGGCAUCUAUUGGUGGGAUAAAACUGCUCGAUGGCAUUGUCAAUGAUAGAGUCGAGGGUGAGGCACUUGGAUACAGGCACGAUCUCAUCGACAUCUACACGGCCUCAUGGGGUCCCGCCGAUGAUGGCAAGAGCCUCGAGGGCCCCGGAAGACUAGCCACCGAGGCACUUGAGCGAGGUGCCACUGAGGGUCGCAGCGGCAGAGGUAAUAUCUACGUAUGGGCGUCCGGAAACGGUGGCUCUAAGCAAGACGACUGUGGCUGCGACGGUUACGUCGGUAGCAUAUAUACAAUAGCCGUUGGCUCAGCCAGUCAAACUGGAAAGUUUCCAUGGUACGGUGAGAGAUGUCCUGCAACUCUUGUAACUACUUACAGCAGCGGAGCGUACCACGACCAAAUGAUUGCUACGACGGAUUUAAAAAAUGAAUGCACCACUCGUCACACGGGAACGUCAGCCUCAGCUCCACUCGCUGCGGGAAUACUCGCUCUGGCGCUGCAAGUGAACAAAGAGUUGACUUGGAGAGACGUGCAGCAUCUCAUUGUGCAGACCUCGGAGUACAGUCCAUUGAGCGGAAACCCGGGCUGGCGAAAAAAUUCCGCGGGCUUCUGGUUCAAUCCUCGCUUCGGCUUUGGCCUGAUGAAUGCACACGGUCUGGUCAUUGCCGCUUAUAAUUGGACCCGAGUACCCGAAAAAACUGUAUGCUCCAUCAAAUCGCAGUCGGGAUCCCGGAAUUUAUCGCACGGUAGACCGGUGAGUUUGAUGUUCAGUGUGGAUGGUUGCUCCAAUGAGGGCCAGGAAGUUGCGUAUCUGGAGCAUGUACAAGUUGAAACGAGCAUCAGGUACACGAACAGGGGCGCCCUGGAGAUGCAGCUGACCUCGCCCACCGGAACAAGGGUGAAUAUACUGACUCCCAGGCGCCUGGAUGAUUCGACUGAGGGCUUCAAAAAUUGGAAAUUCAUGUCCGUGGGCACUUGGGGAGAGGACCCACGGGGCGUAUGGCGACUGGAAAUAAUCGAUCGAGUGGGCCCGCCCUCUAAUAACGGAUCAAUCCUCGACGUAUCCCUCAUCCUUCACGGGACAAAACUACCCCCGGAUUAUCGUGGCAACACCCAGAGGAUUUACAACGAUAAUUAUAACCACAUCCGGAAAAUGAAUCGAGGGAUGAUAAAAACUGAUGGCAACAAUAACGUGAGGCACGGGGUUGGGCUCAACAACGAGAUCAAUUUCACCGAGGAAGUUGGUGAACUGGAGAGUCUCUGGACUGAUUGGCUACGUAGACUUUUAUUUGGUUCAAGUUAAUUCGAUUUACUCGCUGUGAAAAGAUUGCUCUUGACGAACAAACAGAAUAAAAAUCAA